AUGAAGUGUCUGUUCCUCCUCUUGUCCAUCGCGGCUGUGAAUGGCGACGAGCCAUUGGUAAGUAGUUAAUUUUAGGAUGACACUAUCAGCUUGCCGAGGAAAUAUAAUGAGCACUCUGUCGCAUCGAAAAUCGCAUUGCCGACGAGAAAAUGAAUUGUAGAAAAUAAUGUGUAUUUCUUGCGCUUUGGAAUACCUCACCAUCGUUUCAGUGUGUCGGGAAAAUAAUGUGGACUUCUCGCAGCAAAAUAUCUCGCCUUGUAGCAGUCGCGCACCAAAUUAUCCGGCAGCGGCUUACCGUCGCAAAAGAUGAUGGGCGGCUCCAAUUGUGACGAAUCCACAUUAUUUCCCCGACAGACUCUUAUUUUACCAGCUGAAACUUCUGCAUCGUAUAAAAUGUCACCGGCAAUCUGCAAAAAAACGGGCAGUCUGCAAAAAACUUCUGCAUCGUAUAAAAUGUCACGAGCAGUCUGCAAAAAAACAUAAAAUGUCAUCGCCAGUCUGUAAAAAAUCUUCAAGUAGCAUAUUUACCCUAGCAAUUGUUUCAGGAAAACCGCCUUGAGAAGAAAGCGUUGGCGCUGUAUGACGCAAGCGACAUAAAAAGCGUAAUUGCACGGGAAAAGUACCUACAAAACUUUAAAAAUGGACAAAAGAAAGUGAGUGCGCAGUACAACUACAAUCUCCCAUGCAGUAAAGCCUCUCUGUAACAAGUAAUUUUAGUUGCACAAAGUUGCCAAACUCCCUGAUGCAAGGCUGAAAAAGGCGGUCCGUUUGAUCGAAAAAAACCUCGAGGAAGCGGUGAUAGAUUUCGACAAAAGCAUCGACGUCGCCCACGUUGCGGCCAUGAUGCAUGCCUUUCGAGAUUUUCUGGUUUCCGAUCACAACGUAACUGAGUUCGACGUGCUGCCGAUUGACCUGGAAAACGCGGCGUUCGCGGCGAUGGAUCGGACCGCGGUGGGUGCUAUACAAAGCGUAAUACGUAUGGGCUUUCAGGAUAGUGUGUAUCAGAGUUUCGCCGCCCAGUUGACGAAUGUGGUGAGUGCACAAAAGAAGAGCUUCCAAUACACCCGCCAGACAAUCCUCUCCAUUGUGAACAACGUCCUGCAGCUCGGCCAGCCCGUCAAUUUCAAUCCGCUGCGCUUGCUGGCAGAUGUGUUCAAAUUUGUUAGCCUGGCGCUUGAUGUUACAUCGCUCGAAAGCCAAAAGAUUCUGAAUCAAAAGAUCAGGGCGGUCCGAACGGCGCUGAAGGCGCAUGGUGUCAAGGACGGGGACAUAGCAAACAAUCUGCUCGAGCUUGAGACAGCAAUCAAUGGGAAUCUGUGA